AUUUCCAGCAGCCGAGGCGGUGGCCGCUUUGACUGCGUGCUCCGGGGAUCCGGGACGGCGGGGAAGGCAGUCUUAUUGACCGACUGAGGAAGCCCCUCCCCUGCCCGCCGUUAGCUAAUUAAAACAUUUCCAGGACAUAACCAUCACGAGUUGCAUCGUUUUUCCUGUGUGGUUCCAUCGACCUUCCGGUCACCACCGCUGCCUUUGGAGUUGCGGUAUGUCAACAGCUGCCUUAAUUACUCUGGUCAGAAGCGGUGGCAGCCAGGUGAGGCGGAGAGUGCUGCUCAGCUCGCGCCUGCUGCAGGAGGACAGGCGGGUCCCCCCCACGUGCCACGGCUCCACCUCCGAGCCCAGGUGUUCUCGGUUUGACCCCGACGGGAGCGGGCGCCCGGCCACCUGGGACAGUUUCGGGAUCUGGGAUAACCGCAUCGAUGAGCCCAUUCUGCUGCCACCCAGCAUCAAGUACGGCAAGCCGAUCCCCAAAAUCAGCCUGGGGAACGUGGGCUGCGCCUCGCAGAUCGGCAAACGCAAGGAGAACGAAGAUCGCUUUGACUCGGCCCAGCUGACAGACGAGGUCCUGUACUUCGCCGUGUAUGACGGCCACGGCGGCCCUGCGGCUGCUGAUUUCUGCCACACCCACAUGGAGCAAUGCAUCAUGGAUUUGCUUCCUAAGGAGAAGGACUUGGAAACUGUGUUGACCUUGGCUUUUCUAGAAAUAGAUAAAGCAUUUUCAAGUCAUGCCCACCUCUCUGCUGAUGCAACCCUUCUGACCUCGGGGACUACUGCGACAGUAGCCCUAUUGCGAGAUGGUAUUGAACUGGUUGUAGCCAGUGUUGGGGACAGCCGGGCUAUUUUGUGCAGAAAAGGAAAACCCAUGAAGCUGACCGUUGACCAUACUCCAGAAAGAAAAGAUGAAAAAGAAAGGAUCAGGAAAUGCGGUGGCUUUAUAGCUUGGAAUAGCGUGGGGCAGCCUCACGUGAAUGGCAGGCUUGCGAUGACAAGGAGCAUUGGAGAUUUGGACCUUAAAACCAGCGGUGUGAUAGCAGAGCCCGAAACAAAGAGGAUUAAGCUCCACCAUGCCGAUGACAGCUUCCUGGUCCUCACCACAGAUGGAAUCAACUUCAUGGUGAACAGUCAAGAGAUUUGUGACUUUGUCAAUCAGUGCCACGAUCCCAACGAAGCAGCCCACGUGGUGACUGAACAGGCGAUACAGUACGGCACUGAAGAUAACAGUACCGCGGUGGUCGUGCCUUUCGGUGCCUGGGGAAAAUAUAAGAACUCUGAAAUCAACUUCUCAUUCAGCAGGAGCUUUGCCUCCAGUGGACGAUGGGCCUGAUCGCUGGCUGGGAUUUGGGAGUUUCUGUGCCACAGUUUUUCACCGAGCAUGUCAAGAAACUGAUCAGAUAAAAAAAAGUCGCCUGUUACCCGUGUAACCCUGUGAUUCACUAGAUGAAUGCACAAGUCAGUGUAAGCUUAAUGACCACUUGCAUAGUAGUUUUUUCAUAACUACUCCUCAUAUUUAUGUUCAACUGUAUAUUCUCAGUAUAAAUAUAUAUAGAAUUAAGCUAUUGUGAGUGUCUAAGCUGAGUGAGCAAGUAAGAAGUGGUUUUGAUACACUUGGAGAGAGUAUUAAAUUUCUGAUUUUUAAGACUCUUAGGCAGCUCUAGGUUUCUUUUUGUCAUUUUUGUGCUUUAUUCAUUUGAACACGUUCUUCAAAAUAGCUUGAAUUUGGACAGCUUUUCCAUGUGUUAUCUGCAAGUUUUUAUUUUUAUUUUUUUAUUUUUUCCAGACUUCCCUAUGCCUAGGAUGCACGUUUUUAUUUUUAAUAAUUGUACCAAGAAGUAAGUGAAAACUGAGCUCUCUGGUACCGUAUGUAUUUUGUAUUCUGGACAACUUAUUGGUAACUGUAACCACGCAAAAUAAAUUAAUUCAAAUAAUAUGACAUUGCUAAAUUGUAUACACAUUUAUAAACAGCACACUUGUGUAUUUCACCUGCAUUACCAACCCCCAGCCCUAUGCAUUGCUAUUUUUCUGCAGUUAAGAAUGCUAUAUAGAUGUGAUUAUUCCUUAAUAUAUUACUGCCAUGUGAGUUGUAUUUAACUCACGCUAGUUUUGAGCCCAGGGCCUCGUGAAGCAUAUGUAACUCACACAUCUCUUUACCGUGGGAGCCGUGUGGUGCGUAGGCAACUCACGUGCCCAUGCUGUAGCAUACAUGUCACGUGAUGGGUGGCCCCCUGG